AUGGCUUCAAAGCCAUUAUUUAUAAAGAAAAAAACUUUCCCCCUCCUAAUUGUCCUCCUUUGUCUAACACUUACUCUUCUAAUCCAUACCACCAUUUACAAUCUCCACUUGAACUACCAAGAAAUAACCAUCACACAUAACCUCAAUGCUACGGAACAACCACAUUGGUAUGACAAACUCCAAUUCUUGACCAAAAACCGACUAAAUAAGCCAAGGAUCGGUCUGGUCAACGUAGAAUUAGCUAACCAUGGCUUAGCUGAUCACUUGGUCAUUAUUAACUUUGAAAAAGUGGAUAAAGAUAAGAAAUGGGAACAUUUCUUACCAGUGUACAACGGGGAGUGGGGCCCAAUGAAGUGCCCCGAAGUCCCUAUGCCACCUUCGUAUGAGAAGUUGGACGUAGUGGUGGCUCAGGUUCCGGAUGGUGUUCGUGACGUGUUUAGGUUGCAAGUGAAUUUGGUGGUGGCAAAUGUAUUGGUAAAUAGUGGUUGGGAUGAUAAUGGUGAUCAUAGGGAAGUUUAUGUAGUGUUUAUAGGAAGGUCAAGGCCAAUGUUGGAGAUUUUUAGAUGUGAUGAUAUGAUAUGGGAAGGGGUUGAUUAUAGGAUUUACAAACCAGAUAUAAAAAGACUUUAUGAGAAGGUUAAUAUGCCUGUUGGCUCUUGCAUGAAUUCAUCACCAUCUUUACAAUCUACUGGUCAAAUGACGGCGAAUAAAUACACAUCAAGAGAGGCAUAUGUGACCGUUCUUCACUCCUCUGAAGCCUAUGUAUGUGGUGCUAUAGCUUUAGCACAAAGCAUCUUGCAGACAAACUCAACCAAGGAUCUAAUCCUGCUUGCUGAUCAUUCCAUUUCUCCAACAUCCCUUAGAGGACUUAAAGCCGCCGGAUGGAAGAUUAAGCUUAUUGAACGUAUACGAAGCCCUCAUGCAAAAAAAGGUGCAUAUAAUGAAUAUAACUAUAGCAAACUUCGAAUAUGGCAGCUCAUUGAGUACACCAAAGUUAUCUUCAUAGAUGCCGAUCUUAUAGUAUUAAAGAACUUGGAUGAGCUUUUUAAUCAUCCACAACUCUCAGCCGUUGAAAAUAAUAGGUCUUUAUUUAACUCGGGUCUCAUUUUAAUAGAACCAUCACAAUGUAUGUUUAAUACCUUGAUGGAAAAGAUAUACACUUUAGGAUCAUACAAUGGAGGUGAUCAAGGUUUUCUUAAUGAAGCUUUUACGUGGUGGCAUCGGUUCCAUUCAAUGGUAAACUAUCUAAAGUACUUCCAAGAUACAAAUAACAACACUCAACAUGAAAUCCCGGAUAAUUUAUACACCAUUCAUUAUUUGGGGUUGAAACCGUGGAUGUGUUAUAAAGAUUAUGAUUGUAACUGGGAUAUGGCUGACCAUCGACGUUAUGCUAGUGAUUCGGCUCAUAAAAGAUGGUGGAAGGUUUAUGAGACAAUGAAUAGUAAGUUGAGACCGUUUUGUGGGUUAACGAAACAGAUGGAUACACGGAUAAGAAAAUGGAGAGGGGUAGCCAAGAUUGCGGGUUUUAGAGAUGGACAUUGGAAGAUAAUAGUAAAAGAUACAAGACAGACAUUGGGUUAA